AACCCUUGUGUGUGUGUGUGUGGGACUGUGACACGUAAACGUCGACUGUUUCUUUCCUCACGUAGGGCACCUCUACCUGGGGCAGGGAGAGCAGAGAAAAGACCCCCCUGUCCCGAACCAAAAUUCCAGCUUUUAGAAUUAUGGAGGCGAGAGACGUUAUUGCAGGUGCUCUUGUUAGCAGUGAUGGAGAAGAUCAAACUGCAAAAAGGGAUGCAACUCCUAAAACAGAUCAAGCACAGGCCAGGAGCAAAAUGGAGCAGAUCUUUGGUUUCAAGAAGGAGGACCUAAGUUCCUGGCAGAACUUCGUGGCCCUGCUGAACCGCCCCACUGACCCUGCAUCUCUGGGCAUCUUUCGCUGCUUGUUUGGUGUGCUUAUGGCUAUUGACAUCACACAGGAACGUGGUCUCAGUCAUCUGGACUACAAGUACCUAGAUGGGGCCCCUGUGUGUCGCUUUCCUCUUUUCAACUUCUUGCAGCCGUUGCCAUUGGACUGGAUGUACCUGGUCUAUUUGGUGAUGUUUCUUGGUGCACUGGGCAUCAUGCUUGGUUGUUUCUACCGCCUAUCUUGCCUCAUGUUCAUCUCGACAUACUGGUACAUCUUCUUUCUGGACAAAACGGCCUGGAACAACCACUCAUACCUCUAUGGCCUCAUUGGAUUUCAGCUCACUCUCAUGGAUGGAAACAGAUACUGGUCAGUCGAUGGAUUGCGAAGGCCCUCCAUUAGAAAUGCUCAUGUGCCUCUUUGGAAUUACACCCUUCUGAGGACACAGAUUUUUAUAGUAUACUUCAUUGCUGGAAUCAAAAAGCUGGAUGCAGACUGGGUGGAGGGAUACUCCAUGUCAUAUCUGGCACACCAUUGGCUUUUUGAUCCUUUCAAAGUGAUUCUUCCUGUGGAGGUAGUAAGUCUGCUGGUGGUGCAUGGAGGGGGUCUUAUUCUGGAUCUCACCGCUGGUUAUCUGCUAUUCUUCGACGCCACACGGCCAUAUGCAUUUUUCUUUGUCUCUUACUUCCACUGCAUGAACUCUCAACUCUUCAGCAUUGGGAUGUUCUCCUACACAAUGCUUGCCACCAGUCCUCUCUUCUGCUACCCUGAUUGGCCAAGAAGAUUCUUUGGCAGUUUCCCAUCAUUCCUCAGUGCAGUCCUGCCCCCGACUUCAGCAGAGCCUCAACCCAGCACCUCCUGUGUUUACCAUAAACCCCACCCUGCUGAACAGCAGGAGACCCCAACUGCUGUCAAAGCUUCCAAACCUAGACUUAAGCACAAGCUGGGAGCCAUUUUUACUCUUCUCUACAUAACUGAACAGUUCUUCAUGCCUUACUCCCACUUUAUCACACAGGGUUACAACAACUGGACCAAUGGUUUGUAUGGCUACUCAUGGGACAUGAUGGUUCACUCCCGCACUCAUCAGCAUGUUAAGAUCACCUACAAAGAUGGAAAAAACGGUGAAAUUGGAUAUCUGAACCCAGGAGUGUUCACACAGAGUCGUCGCUGGAAAGACCAUGGAGACAUGCUGAAGCAGUAUGCUACAUGCCUCAACCACUUACUGCCACGCUACAACAUCUCUGAUCCUGAAAUCUACUUUGAUAUCUGGGUGUCAAUCAAUGAACGCUUCCAGCAAAGGAUCUUUGAUCCCCGUGUGGACAUCGUGAAGGCUGACUGGUCACCUUUUCAACCAAACAAGUGGCUGAUGCCUCUGCUGGUGGACCUCUCACCCUGGAGGACCAAGUUCCAGGAGAUUGAGGGCAGUUUGGACAAUCAGACAGAGAUAGUCUUCAUAGCUGAUUUCCCAGGUUUGCACUUAGAAAACUUUGUGAGUGAAGAUCUGGGCAACACCAGCAUCCACGUGUUACAGGGGCAGGUGAAUGUUGAGGUAGUGGAGGAGAAAAAGAACCACACUCUACAGCCUGGUCAGAAGAUAAAGGUUCCUGCGGGGGCUUAUCAUAAGGUGUACACUGUGUCUGAAGACCCGUCUUGUUACAUGUACAUCUACGUCAACACUACGGAGGCGGCGCUACAGGAGAACUUCACCAAGCUGUAUGAACUCCAGGAGCGUGUCAGAAAUGGAACAGAAACUGAGCCUCUUCCCCCUGAGCUGCAGCCUCUUAUAGCUGCAGACGAUGAUGAAGGAGCAGAGGUCAAUGCCACCGACCCCAUUGUGCAGCUCUUCCUCAAAAGGCAGCGGCGGAUGAAGGAGGUGAAGAAACGCAGGGAGGCUGGUGUUCUGGAGCGACUGGACCGCUUUGCUGUGAAGAAGUACUAUACAAUAAGAAGGGGAUUUUUGAUGACAGCCAUCGCAGUGCGAAACCUGGUGGUAGGUCUCCCUCCUCUUGACCAGCUGAGAAGAGAGGUUGCCUUUGCCAACAUGAAAGAACCUCAAGAGGAAGGCAACCAAGAUGAGCGUCUCAAAGAUGAAGUUGGUCACGGAGAACUUUAAAAUCUAUUUAGACCAAAGUAUCACGAAUACAGAUAAAUUACAGCUGCUGAACCACACAUGCCAAUCAGUGUGUUACUACUGGACUGUUACUGGACUGGGCUCUCCCAGCCCAGGGAUCGACAUUCUUUUAAACCUUCUAAAAUAUUUGGCAUUCCAGAUUACUUCCCAGUAUUUUUUUUUAUUAUUUAGGAAUCAAAACAUACUGUAUAGAUGCAUUUCAGUCACAGCUGUAUAACAUUUUGUUUUCAGCUAUGGACGGGUGAUAGGAAACAUGAAGAUGGAAGUGCUCAGCAGAGCUACCAGGCAUUAUAUGAUCCUUAUGAAUAUACUGAACUAGAACUGCUGCUUUGUUUAGGAUGACGUGAAAGUGGUCAAAGAUUUAAAAGAAUUUACUUUUUAAGGUAGUUUGUGUUUUUUUUUUUUUUCUACAAUGAGGAAAAGCUGUUAGUCUCUCAGCAACUUUUUUCUAAUGAUGUCAAUACAUUUUAUGUUUAUUUAAUUAAAAAUAAAUGAACUUUGAGUCUGA